AUGAAAUCUUUCAAGAUCACGCUCUUGGACGGCACCGUCAUAUCCGGACUGCACACUGUGCAUGGACCGCCCGCCCAAUGGGCCUGCCCGCCAAAGUACCGUCCUCUCGUGGUCGGCCUUCACGGCGGCAGCUACAGCAGCAGCUACUUUGAUGCCACACCGACGUGCACGGCGCAGACGCUGAGCAGUGCGCUGGAUGUGCCGUUUGUGGCCAUUGACCGUCCCGGCUACGGCGAAACGACGCCAGUAACACCCGUGCCUGAGGGCUCCGACUUCUCAGCCGAAUGGGGCACCCUGCUGCAUCGGGUCAUCUUGCCGGCGCUUUGGCUAGAGUUUGGCCUUCCGAAUGGCUGCAAGGGCAUCGUCCUGCACUGCCACAGCUUUGGAGUCACGGGUGCUAUCGUGGCUGCCGCGCUGCACGCUCUCGAUGCCACCCAGGCCGCCGCCUCGCCGGCGAACUAUCGACUUGCCGGCCUCGUCCUCUCCGGCUUCGGCACGCAGCUCAAGCCCACCGGUGGCCAUCCGACCCAGCCAGAUCCGCCUCCGUCGCAUAUUCGCAUCCCGGUCGCCGUCAAGGACAGCACGCUGCUGCUGCCUGGAACGGCCGCCGACGAGGUCUACGCCCAGGCCGACCGCCUCGACCACCCGAUGCCUCUGCCCGAGAUCGCCUCGCUGCGCCAUCCCUGGCUCGACACCUGGAGGGAGCGAUGGGGCGUCCACGUCACGGUGCCCAUCUUGCUCGCUCUCGCCGGCAGAGACCACUACUGGCAUGCAACCGCUGAACACCUCGACGAAUUUGCCGCGGCCUUUCCCAAGAGCACCCGCAUCGACACCAGCAUCCUCGCGGCCGCGCCGCACAACAUCGAACUCAGCUACUGGGGCCCCGGCUGGUAUGCGCACAGCUUUGGCUUUGCCAUUGAGUGCGUCACGUCGCUUAUGCUCGACAACUGA